AUGUUAGUGGAUCCAUCGAAGGAACUGGAAGAGAACUAUGAAAUUUUGUUGGUGGUCGAGAACGCGAUCAUUGAGGCGUUGAAACCCGGUGCCAAAUUGUCCGAAGUGUACACAGUGGGCAUAAACAUGCUGAAAGAGAAGAAAGCAUCGCUGAUGGAUCAUCUCAUCAAGAAUAAUUUCGGGCUUAUGCGAGAGCUUUGGGAAAUUUUUCGUAAAAAAAUGGGACAAUUUUUUGCAGAUUUUUGCGAGCUUGCUGAGAGAUUUCGAUGA